AUGACAUUUGGAGCGACAGUGAGGGCGGUAACGAGGUCACGCCUCAUUCCAACACGAGCAGCACUCUCACUUACUCCAGCCGCAGUAAAGAAGGUGACCGACAUCACUACCAGACAGCAGUGCCAGGGUUUAAAAGUGUCUGUCAGGACGAGAGGAUGUAAUGGCUUGACGUAUGUUUUAGACUUUUGUGACUACGCGACCAAGUUUGACGAAGUUGUUGAGCAAGAUGGAGUGAAAAUAUUCAUUGAUUCCAAAGCACUGAUGACCUUGAUAGGAACUGAGAUGGACUACACAACAAACAAGCUUGCUUCAGAAUUCGUCUUCAAUAACCCCAACGUUAAAGGGACUUGCGGAUGUGGUGAGAGUUUCAGUGUGUAGUAUACAUAAUGCACACUGUGUGUGACAAACAUAUUAUCAGUGUGUGACAAACAAUCCAACAACCAUCUCAAACCAAGUGAAGAACAUUUACGUGGAAGUAGUAGAAGCAGGCCCCCCUGCCCCACCGCUUCCUACACCCCUGAGUAGAAGAUGAAGUGUUUAAGUGGGACUGCAGUGACCUUGACCCAAUAUGUACUAGCAGUUAGCACUGUACAGUAAUGAAGAGAAUGAGAGCAACUACAGAGAUUUAACCAUUUAACUUACUAAGCAGCUCAGUAACAGAUGGUACAAUUAAUCACUUAAUACUUUAAUAGUUAAUGCAUCACGAAAUUACUAUGUUAUAAAAAAUACACAUUUCUUUUUAAUGACAUUACUUCAUAAAAAUAAAAUUAUAUUAAAAGCAGAAAAUCCUCCCCAGCGUAGAAAUAAUUUAACUGGUUUUCAAUUGUCAUUAUCAUGUACCUCAUUUCAGCUCUAAAUGGUAUGUAGGCCGUAGGGGAUCAUGUUUUUUGUCCAUUUUUGUCCAUGUGGUACCCUAUAUUUUCAAGUUGAACAAAAAUGGACAAAAAAAUUUCAAAAUACAUGGAAAUAGUCCGAGAUGAAAGGGGAUACAUAGUUUGUUGCAAAUUGUGAAGUAAAUCCGAAUCAAAAGUUACAAUUUUUGUCCAUUUUUUCCAUACAGUACCCUAU